GGGGGAGGAGCCUACCCAUGUGCACUACCUUUAAAAAUACGGGGUCUUGGCACCUGCAGCUACAGAGGUGAAAAUACAGCCCAGAAGCUGAACACAGAGGCCCUCAGCUGAUUGCAGACGCAGGACUCCAGCAGCUCUCCCCUGCUCUCUUGCAGCCAUGAAGGGGAAGGUGUACGCAGGCUUGCUGCUUGCCAUCCUGGUGACCGUCUGCCUCUCCAGGGCCACAUCUGAUGCCCGCCAGCUGGGAAGCGCACCAGACACCAAUGGGAUGCCCCAUAGGAGCAGCCCAGCACAUGCCAAGCUUGUCAGGAGAGACUGGUUGGCAUCCCUGUCUCAGGACCAGAAGCAGUUCAUCUCUGAAUUCCUGCCUCACAUCUACAGAGAGCUGGCCAAUCAGGAGAACUACUGGCAUGAGGAUGAUGCUCUGCAUGACCGUGACUACCCUGGCUGGAUGGACUUUGGGCGCAGGAGCAUUGAGGACCUGGAGGGGGACUCUUAAAGGAACAGGUGCCCAGGAGAGCCUGUGCCAAUUGGCCCACACCUCCUGAAGGCACGGAGCAAGAGAAGCCAGCUCUGCCCUGUUAACCAUUAACAAUUACAUUAAGUAUUUUGCAUGUGACUUUGUCAUGAAUGCACUUCUGUGUUGAUCAAUAAACAUCACCUGUCACCAUAACUGCUGUGGUAUCUGUCCCUGAUGUACAG